GGUACAUACCACUCAUUGGGUGGCCAAUAAGAAACCUCUAUAUAUUUAUCCAACUUAGCAUUCCUUCCUCUUGAACCACUUAUCCAUUGCUAAAACCAAAUCAAUUAUGGCUACCGAAGGAAGCAACCUUUUCUUUCCCGUAAUCCUUCUUCUGCCUCUUUUAUGUCUAAUCCUCAAGCACUUGAAACCAUCAACUCCACCAAUACCUCCGGGUCCAUUCUCAUGGCCAAUCUUAGGCAACAUUCUCCAAUUGGGAAACAGGCCCCAUGUAGUUCUAACCCAAUUUGCUCAGAUAUAUGGGCCACUCUUCUCACUAAGACUUGGGACCCAACUUGUAGUUGUAGGAUCCUCACAGGCAGCUGCCAUGGAAAUUCUCAAGACCCAUGAUAGAAUUUUAUCAGGAAGAUAUGUUCCUCACAUGGCACCAACUAAGAGUCCGGAACUUAACAAGCUAUCACUUGGAUGGAUCGCCGAAUGCAAUGAUAGGUGGAAGUAUUUACGUACCAUAUGCAAAACUAAGCUUUUCUCAUCCAAAGCAUUAGAGUCACAAGCUUGUAAAAGAGAAGAAAAGGUCAUGGAUAUGGUUGGUUUUAUCAAGAAAAUGGAAAGGAAGAAGGUGAAAAUUAGAGAUGUGGCCAUGGCCACUGUUUUUAACACGUUGAGUAGAAUAUUGGUAUCAAGAGAUCUUAUGAGCUUGGAUCAAGAAAAUGCAGAUGGAGAAAUGAAUUCACUUCUAGAAAGAAUACUAGAGUUGGCUUCUACUCCAAAUAUAUCCGAUUUCUAUCCAAUAUUGGCUAUAUUUGAUUUGCAAGGUUUGCAAAAGAAAAUUAUGGGAUUGCAUGAGAGGUAUUUUAGCAUUUGUGAAGCCAUAGUCGAAGAAAGAAGGCAAGGCAAACGAGGAGAUGCUUCAAGAAAAAGAGACUUUCUUGACACUCUCAUCGACAAUGGUUCCAGAAAUGAUCAAAUCAAUGUGCUGCUUGUGGAGCUCUUAUCUGCUGGCACUGACACUAGUAGCACAACGAUUGAGUGGACAAUGGCAGAACUGAUAAAGAACCCAAAAUGCAUGAAGAAGGUGCUAGAGGAAAUCGCAAUGAAAGUAACCCAAGAUAUAGUAUUAAAAGAAUCCCAUAUACCACAGCUAACAUAUCUUCAAGCUUGUGUUAAAGAAACCCUGAGAUUGCACCCUACAGGGCCAUUUCUUCUUCCUCACCGUGCCAUUGAUACAUGCCAAGUGAUGAAUCAUACUAUUCCAAAGAACACACAAGUGCUAGUAAAUAUUUGGGCAAUCGGACGAGACCCCAAGUAUUGGGAAGAUCCUUUAGUUUUUAAGCCAGAGAGAUUUAUUAACUCGAACUUGGAUUUUAAAGGUAAUGACUUUGAGUUUAUACCGUUUGGCUCAGGAAGGAGGAUCUGCCCCGGUCUACCCAUGGCUAUAAAGCAGGUUCCAUUGAUAGUUGCUUCCUUGAUCCAUUUCUUUGAUUGGUCUCUCCCGGAUGGAAAGGAUACCACUGACUUAGACAUGACUGAGAAAUAUGGUUUAACAUUGAGGAUGCAACAACCCCUACUUCUCAUUCCUAAAGUUAAAAGAGUUUAGGAAAGAGAAAGGGAGAGAUGAGCCCACACAAUCUCCUUAGCUUGGGUGCUAUUUUCCUCAUUGUUUUGUAAUCUUUAUUUUAAUGUGUCUGUCAAUUUUAUGCCACACCUCCCACCUUAAUCCCCACUUGAAGCAGAAUAAUAUAAUUGAGAAAACACAAGGGUAUGCAAUCACAUCACUCAGCCAUCAUUAUUAUUA